AUGGAGCCUGCAGCUUCGCCUCUAGCCGCCUAUAGGCGGCGCUCCGCACGCAGUAACGCCGGUGUUCGCAGUGACGACGAAGACAUGGUGUACUACGGACAUGGUUGCCGUUCUCCUCGCACGUCUGGUCGCGCUGGUAGGGUGCCCUCGCCCCGCGACGACUCGCAGCAGCAAGAUCGUGAGGAUUCCGAGACUGAGUACCAUCCGUGGGCAGACCGCGUGGACAUUGAAGACGCGGACGACGAAGACGGCGAUGAUGCCGCGGGGGAAGAUGAACCUGUAGACGAAGAGGCCGAAGGUGACGCUUAUUGUGCAUUUUAUGUUUUGCAAUGCAUACUCCAGCGCGCCAUCUCAGAAGUGGUGGCCGCCUCAUACGCAGGAGGCCGUGGACCAUCCGUCGCACGCGCACCAGCCACGGCUGCUACCCAGGCGCGUACCGCUGCCCAAGGUCCGGUGAACGCAGCGAUGGCAGCUCGGGCGUCGCAGCAGGAGCGCCGCAUCCUGGAGCUCAGUCCGACCAUCGAGCGUCUGGAGGGGCGAAACGGAGACAGGCGCUCGCCCGCCGUGGCUCGGCUCACCUCGAGGCGUGUGCGUCCGAGGGACGGACCCCUGGAAGCUCCAGCGCCAAUCCGUCAGAGGACUCGGGCUGGCGCGCAGCCCGCACAAGGCGAACAUGUCUGGUCGCCGAUGGUUGAAGCGGCGCUUGAGCGCGAGCUGCGUCAGGCGAACACUGACGGCUUCGUGACAGAGGGGAUGGACGACUGGGCAAACAGGACGGAAGGAGCAAACAAGCUCAUCCCUAAUCUCAAUGACGGCUUCAAGGGCGUCGUGGAGGACGCGAUCGCCCUUCUGGCUUACGACACGGCGGUGCGCCUGAUGAAUUUCUGGGCCCCUCCGAACCUGGCGGAGAGUUGCGUGGCGCGCGCUCUGAAUCUAGUCAAGCAGGAGCAUUUCGCCAGCCUACACAUGGUGUGGAGCAUUGAUGAGGCCCGCACCGGAUGGUUCACGCGUCAGAUGCAGGUUUGGCGCAACAACAAAUGGGAGCAGGGGCUGGCCAUGGUCUACAUACUUCACGGACUUCCCUACAACCCGAGAGCCAACCCGCGCGUCCGCAUCCCAGUCCGUCCGAGCACGCAAGCCGUGCCUCGCAUAUCCAGGAAGGAGUUCACCAACACCUAUGCAGCAGGUGAGGCACGCAAACUUGCUAAAGCCGUUGUAACCACUAUUCUGGUAAACUCGUGUUGUAACUCUCUGCACACAUCGUUUUAUGCGUCGCUCGCUGCAGGGCCGGUGUCAUUCGAGCUCAUGCCCUGGCAUCGCAACGCCGACGACCUUCCAUUCGCGACGGAGAUUUUUGAGAGGGCCCUCUUUGCCUCAUUUCGACGGCCCAUCCCCCUGCCACUUGUCCUGCGCACCUAUGUGCUGGCAUGGUGGCUCUUCGGGAUGCCCAUUGCGACUGGGAGCUCGCUUACUCACAGCGCGCCACGCAACGAGGAAGGCGUGCAUUGGUACCACGAGCGAGUUAAGCUCUGGAUGCGCAACGCCAUUUUGAGGUGCACGGCACAGGGAGGCCCGUGGUGGGAUGCUGAUCGCAGGGGCUGGAGCUUUCGCCGCGAGAGCGUUCUGGUUUUCUCUGAGGAUGGGAUGGAGGAGCUGUCGCCCCGCCAAUUCCAGCUGUGA